AUGAUCAGUCUCGACUUCCGUCGGACACUUCGGCAGCCGGUGGGUUGGUUGUUGAGGCUGACAAGUGACCUCGUAAUUAGCGUGUGGAAACGUGAGCACGGUUUCUUUUACACUUUUGAGUUGAGCGUGGAUAAGAUGCGUCUCGCCUCACUCCUCUCCGCCACAGCAGCGGCCAUGGCCGUCUCCGUCCAAGCAGGAGGACAAUGCGCCGACAGGACGGCCAGCGGAGACGCCAUCACGGGGUUCCGCUUCUCGCCCGGCUGCAACACCUGGCAGUGGUACUCCCGCGACAAGGGCACGACCAUCACGCUCAACCCGGACUGCCAGCUGCGGCAGGCGUGGCCGAACCCGACGGCCGUCGGGUACGUGUGCAUCCGGAACAAGUCGGGCGGCAACAAGUGCUUCGCGGCGCCGACGGCCGCCGAUCAGAACUUUUGCGGGAUCCCGGCGGACUGGUGUAACAAUAUCGAGAACAUGUGGGGGUGGGCGUAG